AUGGGAUCUGAAGAGUCAUGGAAAAAAUUCAUUGGCGAUGCCAUCGCAGAUAACAAAAUCGUCUGUCGUACUUGUAGAAUGUAUAAUCAGGAAGUACAGAUUGUUCCAGGUGAUGAGAAUAAGAAAUGUCGUUGUGGUCGCUUGAUCCGAUGCCAUAGUUUAGCUGGUAGCUCCAAACCACUAUAUACAAGCAGCAACAGUCCUGAAACAACAAAUUCUCAACAGGAGUUUAAGCACGUACAUUCUACUACUGUUCCUGUGACUGUAUACGGAACAUCAAAAAUCACUGAAUCUAUUGGUUGUAAAUAUAUUCGAAUUGAUCAUCAAACACGUGUGAAGCCUAUCUAUGAUUUGCUUGUUAAAGAUUGUGGAGAUACAAAACCAGCUGUGAUUUUAAGUGUUUAUGGUGGUGCUAAAUAUUUCACUAUGACUGAAAAACUGGAAAAAGAAAUUAUACGUGGUAUAAUUGAUGCUGCAGCAAUGUCUAAUGCUUGGAUUCUAACUACUGGUAUUAAUAAUGGUGUAUCGAAACUAGUUGGUGAAGGAAUAUCUCAUUAUCGUUUAUUGAAAGCUGAUCCAAAUAAAAUUGUUUGUAUUGGACUAACAAAAUGGGGAACAAUCAACGGAAGGACACGUUUUGAUUUGAAAAAUGCAAAUAAAAAUGGCUAUGAGCUAAAUCUAUUUUUUCGACGAAUUUAUGAUGAUGGUGACGAUACCGACGAAACCAUCGAAAGGAAUCAUACACAUUGCAUUCUGUUUGACGAUGGUAAAAUAGGUGAUUAUCUAAAUGAUGGACAACGAGAUGCUUUAGUUAAAGAAGCAUGUGAAGAUGAAGAUCAUGAAUGUUGUGGUGUAACAAUUAUCGUUGAAGGUGGUAAGAAUACGAUUGAAGUUCUUCAAAAUGAUAUACAAAAAAAACGACCGAUUGUAUUUAUUGAAGAUAGUGGCCGUUUAGCAGAUGUAUUUGCUUCGUUAAUUAAUCAAACAACUGAUGCAAAGACUGAUCAACAAUUUAUUCCAUCAGAUGAAGUUGUGAGAAAAGCUCUGACUGAUUUCUUUCCUAGUCUCGAUGAAGAUGAUAUCACCGGAAUAACGACAAGAAUACAAGAGAUAUUAGAUAAAAAGAAUCGUCAUUUACUAAAUGUUUUCCGUAUGGACCGUGAUAAAAGUGUAGCAGAAACAAUAUUUAAAGCUAUUUUUAAAAUGAAAAAUAAACAAAAAGGUGACGAACAAAAUCAAGAUCCACAGUAUGCAAAGGAUGAAGAUAUUUUAUUAGAUCUGGCAUCACAAUGGAACUAUUUUGAUGGUGCUUUACCAAUAUUAAAAAAACGACAACACAUUACGAGCAAUAAUGACGCGAUUAAAGAGAAAUAUAUGACAUGUUACAAAAAGUUAUUUCGAGAAUCAUUGAUAAAAAAUCAUCCAGCUUUUGUUGGAUAUUUUCUUGCUGCUGGUUUUGAUCCACUUAAACUUCUUCGUGCUCCACGUGUUGAACACUUUCCUGCUGCUGGUUUUGAUCAACUUGAACUCCUUCGUACUCCACAUGCUGAACAUUUUCUUGCUGCUGGUUUUGAUCCAUUGAAACUCAUUGGUACUCAAAGUGUUGAACAACAACGUCAUGAAGAGCUCGAAAAAUUAUAUCAAGAUACUUACGAUGAAAUAACUACGAGCAAUCGUAGCUAUAUAAAAGAAUUAUUUGAUCAAUCAACUGUGACAACAAUAAGAACACUUGAUAAAAAGUUAAAUAAAUUUAUUGGUUCAUUUUUUGAAGCAAUUUAUGCAAAAGGAGAUAAUGAAUGUACAAAACGUAUUUGUAUUGAUCUGGAAAAUCAUUUAUGUAGCUGCUGCAGUAGUGCAAUAAAAUAUUGUGCUUCCAAUAAUAAUCAAGUUUCACCACAAGGUAUUAAAGAUACUCAAUCUCAAGAUCAAGAAAAGAAUACGGAAGAAUUACUUGAAAAAAAUAAAUUAUUACGUGAUUUAUUUUUAUGGUCUGUAUUCAUGGAUAUGCCUGAAAUCGCGAAAAUACUGCUCAUUCAUCAACAAUCUCGUAUAUGUGCUGCUUUAAUAGCUUCAGCUAUAUUUAAACGAUAUUCGAAAUUGUCGUUAACUGUUGAUCUCAAAGAAAAAUUCAAAAAUCAAGCAGAUGACUUCGGAAAAUAUGCAGCCGAUUUUAUCAAUGAUUGUUACAAAUAUAAUGAACGAUCAGCAUGUGAAUUACUUCUACGACAAAUACCACUCUUUGGCAACAUUACAUGCAUGCAGAUUGCUAUUUCAAGUGAAAAUAUCCAGCUAGUUGGAACAGCUUGUUUUGAUCAAACACUCACUCAAGUAUGGUACAAUAAAUUAUCUAUGACAAAUAAUCAAACAUUAACAAGACCGUCACAGGUUGUAUCCAUAACAACGUUUGGGCUUUUAGCACCAUGGAUGAUUCCGUAUCGGGAAAAUGAAAAUAGUAUGCAAGAUAUAUCAUUAUCAACAAAAGGCAUCAAUUAUUAUACCGAUGGAAAAAAAACUGAAAAAUAUUGGACCCGUUUUCAGUGUUUCCAUGGAAGUCCAUUCAUUAGAAUGUGUUAUCAUUUUAUAAGUUAUAUUUGGUUUUUACUUGUAUUUAGUUAUAUGAUGCUUUAUGAGCUUGAUAGUCCAGAUACAUUAGAAAUUCCACAUUGGACUGAAAUCUAUGUUAUUAUUACAGUAUCAACUAUGUUUUGUGAAGAGAUUCGAAAGCUUUUUCAUGAGUAUAACUAUCGAAUGGUUGAACGAUGGGGUUCAACCGGAUCGACUAUAUUAACAGUUUUAACAAAUAUAUUUUAUAUUGCACCAUAUCUUUUAUUUUAUCUUGCUGCAUAUGGUGUUGUAUCUCGUGCAUUAAUUCUUUACCGACAAAUUCCAUUUACUGGUAGUGAUAUAUUUAGAUCAAUCUUUUAUGAACCAUACUGGUUUAUAUAUGGAGACGUAUCGGAUAAACAUUUACUUGAUGAGAUAAUCAGUAAUGGUACACAAUCACUUGUUGCUGAAGCAACUGCUACACAUGUUUUAUUAGCAUUUCAUAUGUUAUUUAUUAAUAUUCUUAUAUUGAAUUUAUUAAUUGCUGUUUUUACUGAUACAAUUGAUAAAGUAAAAGAAAAUACAGAAUUUUAUUGGCGAUAUCAACGUUAUUCGUUUAUUCGUGAAUAUUUUGAACAACCGCCAUGCGCCUAUCCACCAUUAAUCAUAUUUUCACAUAUUAUACUACUUGUUCGUUAUAUUUAUUCAAAAUCAUUUUGUACAGAAACUGAAGUUAAUGAUCAUACAUCAGAAUCAAUAACAUUAUUACGUAAUUUUAAAAUGAUCGCAGCAGCUGAUACAACAAACGAACGUUGGGAUGCAUUUGAAAAUGCAGCGACACAUAAUUGUGCUCGAUCAAAGAUUGAUCAACAAAUGCAAGGCCAUGCACAAGAGGUAGAUAUACUAGUUAUUAUUUUUGCUAUUAUUCAUAAAGAUCUUGUUAUACAUAAUAAUAAGGUAACCGAAUCAUUACGAUGGAUUAUGAAUGCAAUAGCACGAGUAAAAAUGAAUGACCGUAAUAAAGAACCACCCUUAUUGGCAUCAAUAUCUACUGGUAAUAGUAAUGUUUCGGUAUCAACUCAGACAACAGAAAAUAUUGAUUAA